CGUCACAUACAUUAUGGGUUAUGGCCAAUGGUUAUAGCCAGUAACAACUAGGGGUAGCUAGGCACUGGAGCGUAAAGUAUUUGAAUUGACCGACAAUCGCUAGCAGACUGAGCUGUCACAGUCAGCCUGUUUCUUUACCGCCUGCUAUGUUAGGUUACAGGCUGGCAAGUGUGGAAGAAGUCACAGUCAAGAGACUCAAGAAGCUUGAGCUGUGGCUAGCGACCCGACGUACAUUAUUUACCAGUUUUCACUAGCUAGCUAGCCUAGUUAGCUACUUUAACUAACGUUAGUUAGGUUAACAAUGUCGUUCAUUAUGAUGAAGAAAAAUAAAUUCAAAUUUAAGGUAGAUUUCGAGUUGGACGAACUAUCUUCUGUUCCCUUUGUCAACGGGGUCUUGUUCUGCAAAGUACGGCUCCAAGACGGUGGCUUUACUGAAGAGUCCUCUCGGGAGCAGGUCCAGGCUAACUGUGUGCGCUGGAGGAAGAGGUUCUCCUUCCUGUGUAAGAUGAGUGCCAACGCUGGGACAGGAGUACUGGACCCCUGUGUGUGCCGGGUGUCUGUGCGCAAGGAAAUGAAGGGUGGAAAGACCUUUGCAAAGCUGGGUUUUGCUGACCUGAACCUGUCAGAGUUUGCUGGCUCUGGCAGCACCACGCGGCGAUGUCUACUAGAGGGUUACGAUACCAAGAACACCAGACAGGACAACUCCAUACUCAAGGUCGUCAUCAGCACACAGCUCAUGUCUGGGGACCCCUGCUUUAAAACGCCACCGUCCACAGCCAUGAAACUGGGCAUCCAGCAGGCAGAGUGUCUCUAUGAAGACAGGAAGGGAGGGGACACCCACACACCCUGCCUCUCCAUACCAGAGCCCCCGGGGAAGUGUGUGUCUACUCCUGAUGAGCCGAGAGCAUAUGGCCACUCUAGAACAUCCAGCUAUGCCAGCCAACAGUCCAAAGUGUCAGGCUAUAGCUCAGGUCACUCACGCUCCUCCAGCCUAUCAGAGCUCACACACAAGAGGAACCCCUCAGCGGGCUCCGCCUCCACAGGCAUCGGAAGUAUUCCUGAACCCAGCGUGGACCGGGGGGCUGAGAGGGAGGCCCGCUCUACACCUCCUGUCUCUGUCACCUGUUCCUGCUCCCCCGUGCCUGAACACCCCCCCACCCCCUCCUCAGAGAGACUCAGCAGGCAUCCAGUGAAGCAGAGCUCGGUGGAGUGUCAGCUGAAGAGGGUAGACGCUACACGGGUAGACGCUGACGACAUCGUGGAGAAGAUCCUCCAGAGCCAGGACUUCAGCCACGGCCUGCUGGACUCCAGCGCUGAGGAGGAGGGGCUCAGGCUGUUUGUUGGUCCUGGUGGAAGCACAGCGCUGGGAAGCCAACACACCAGGGUUGGCGCGGGGCCCUACGAGCAGGUGGUGAUCAGACGCUAGCCCCCUGGGAGUGGAUGUGUCUCGKAAGGUGCCAGAACACCACAGAGUCUGACAGAGGGAAAUAGUUGUCUCACCUCUAUGCAGGACAAACAUUUGUUCCAAUGGGAGUCCAGGUCUGAUGUGUGGAACCUGUGUAAGCCUGCUCCCUUAGUGUUGAAGCCAGGAGGUGACCUGAAGUUCAUGAUUACAACUUGUUCAAUAACUUUCAGAAGAAAGAGGAUAUAUUUAUAUACACACAAUGUGUAGUCGGAAAGUAUUGAGAACCCUUGAUUUUUCCCACAUUUUGUUACAGCCUUAUUCUAAAAUGUAUUAUAUAUAU